AUUCCGAGGCAUGAUAGCCAGUCGGGGACCAAACGACGCAAAGUCCGCAAGGGCACACGCAGCUGUUGGGAGUGUAAGCGUCGGAAGGUACGGUGCACAUUCUCGAAAGCUUCAGACACAGUUUGCAUUGGAUGUGUCAGGCGGGGUACGGAGUGUCUUGGUCAAGAAUUCCCGGAGGAGAAUGUUCCAACCGUAUCGUCACCGAGUGACCGUAUUGUGCGCGUCGAAGCUCUGAUUCAGCAAUUG